AUGCGAAUACCAACCGGUCUCUCGACCCUCCUCUUCUCCUCCGCCCUCCUCCCCAGCCUAGCCUCCGCGUCCGGCGGCUUCGAUUGCCACAACAUCAUCGUCGACAGCUACAAAUAUGACCUCAGCACUCUCGGCGGCGUACACACGCUCUACCACGUCGAGGAAACAGAAGACUAUGUCGUCAACACAACCUACGUGCUCAACAUCUGCAACAUCCUCAAGGGCGCUGCCCACCGCGGCCACCUGAAAUGCCCGACCUCCAAGAACAUCUGCGGCUUCCAAUACAAAACCGCUCUCGAUAGCCACAAAGAAGAAAGCACCGUCUUCCCCAUCGUCGGCCUCGACCACCUCGGCCACGGCACCAAAGACGCUGAAAUCACGCGCCUGAAGAAGCUCGAUUCCGAACAGGAAGGUCUCCUCGUCAAACUCGCCGGAGGCGAAUACUUCGACGAAGAACAACAGAAGAAGAAGAACGCGGGCGCCGUGAUCGAGUUCCAGUGUGAUCCCGACCGGUCGGGAUUAGAAGGACUACAGACGACCGAAGACACCGAGGAGGAGCGCCGUCGGCAGUGGCAGCUGAGUCAACGGGCGGACGAGACUAACGGCGACAACGAGAAUAAUGAUAACGGCACUAUCCCCGAGGGCGGACGCAGUUUGCAGUUUAAGAGCUUCGGGCCCGCAGAUGAUGAUACCUACGUGCUGAAGCUGAACUGGAGGACGCGCUACGCGUGCGACAAUUACAGGGAUGAGCCGGGUGAGAAGAACCCCGAUGGUGGUAAUGGUGAUGGGUCGAGUCACUGGGGGUUCUUCACUUGGUUGAUUAUUAUUCUCUUCCUCUGCAUCGCAGCAUACCUCAUCUUCGGCUCCUGGCUCAACUACAACCGCUACGGCGCCCGCGGGUGGGAUCUCCUCCCGCACGGCGACACGAUCCGCGAUAUUCCCUACCUCUUCCAGGACUGGUUACGGCGGGUGGUCAAUACGCUGCAAGGGACGGGAUCUAGAGGGGGAUAUAGUGCUGUUUAG